CACGCGCCGCCAACGGCGGGCAACGCCAUCUGCCAAAUUAUGCGGGGAAUCUAAUAAGUUCGACACCAAGCAACCAAUUCAUGAUUUCAGGCCACCAUAACCUCUGAUAUCCCAGACGACGAGGCAUCUAUGGGCUGACCUUCCAACUGCUACUCUACAGUGGCAUCUCGACGGGGAUCGCCGAAUUGAGCCACCAGUCUUUUGCCGAAGGCGCUGCCUGCCUCGCCUGCUUCCCCGAUGCCAUCUCCGAAGGCAUUGCUUCGCGAUGGCUACCAUCGAGCCACGGCUGAUGCACUUGCUGAACGAUUCCAAGACACCUGAUCUCCCGCCCAUCCAACUUUUCCCCUUCAAGCCCUCUUCGAACGACUCCCUAUCUCUUCCCCCGAUUGAGACCGAACAGAGGGCAGAGAACCCCUCAUCGAAGCAGAUCCCUCCGUUUUACACAAUUGCCGAUGAGACUUCAGCGAGACAGUCAUGCCGAGCGGACGGUGCAUAUUCCAAAGAGGGCUCAAGCCGAACCAACAAAUCCUCCCAUCCACUCCAGUUGCUUCUCGAAGACCCGGAUUUCAAUGGAUCCUCCCACUCGCUGCGCAUGAUCCUCGACGAUGCGCCGGAGAUAGCGGAUGAUGCAUCGAGAAAGAAGAGGCAUCGGGCCAUGACGGUAAAAGAUGAUUUCGUCCAACUACCUCAACCACUCAAGAAGCAGAAAUCCAACCAACAAGUUGUCCCGCCCAUUAUCAAUGGCCUGCACGAACCCCCACCCGACGCUGCUGUCUUUCCACCCAUAGCUUCAGGGUCGUUUGAUGAUACGGAAGCUCCCAACCUGGGCAUCUUGAAGGAGUUCAACAACGUUGGAGAGGAUAGAGCGGUCUCAACUUCUGAGUUGGAAUCGGAUAAGACAAAUAUCGAGAAGAUCAAGAGACGGGCAGCAAAGCCGCGGAGAAAAUGGUCCGAGGAAGAGACAAACCACCUCUUGCUUGGGGUGAGUCGCCACGGGGUUGGGAAAUGGACCACUAUCCUGGAGGACCCCGAUUUUAGGUUCAACAACCGGACCGCGGGGGACCUCAAGGACCGGUUCCGCACCUGCUGCCCGGCUGAGCUACGCGGCCAGUCCGGGCCCAGGAGUGCAAAGGCAAAGGCAGAUACGUCGGGCACUGAAUACGUGCCCGAGCCAAGAUCAAAGCCCAAGAAAGGGCUCUUACUCGAAGGCAUCCUCAUCGACACCGAGGAGUUUGUCGAGAAAGAAAAGCCUUUGCCGACUCAGCAGGAUUCUGAUUCUCCUUCGAAACCGCGGAAGAGCCGGGCUCAUCGCAAAAAGAUGGAAGACUUGGUAGAGCUUGGCAUCCAUGGCCCUUUCAAGAAGUCCCAUCGCCGAGAGAGACGGCCAUUUACUGAGCAAGACGACAAAGAAAUAUUGGAAGGUCUCGACAAAUAUGGUCCAGCAUGGACAAAAAUUCAGCGCGACCCGCUGUUCAACCUAUCUACCAGACAGCCUACGGAUCUGAGGGAUCGUGUCCGGAACAAAUAUCCCAAGAUCUACUUGAGGAUAGACAAAGGGAGCCUCCAGGUUAAGGACACGGGGAGAGGCGAUCUAUUGGAACCGUCCGUCAAUACGACCAUCGGGAACUCGCUCAAUCCUUCCACGUCCAAUCCUCUUGAGCCUCAUUUAAAUCGGACAAGCUCGAAGGAAGAUAUGCCCAAGUGGCCACUUCCAAAGAAGCACCAGAAGCGCUUGAGCGCGCCGUCGCACUGGCUCCUCGACAAAUUGUCGGGUGUCUACGCCCCUCGUCCGUCGGCUGGUCCUCACAAGCUCCGCGACUGCAUGCCCCUCAUCAUCUUCAUCCGCAACAGGCUGAAGUAUGCCCUCAACUACCGCGAGACCAAGGCCAUCCUGCAGCAGCGCCUGGUCAAGGUCGACGGAAAGGUCCGCACCGACAUGACCUACCCCUCCGGCUUCAUGGACGUCAUCACCAUCGAGAAGACCGGCGAGAACUUCCGCCUCAUCUACGACACCAAGGGCCGCUUCACCGUCCACCGCAUCCAGGAUGAGGAGGCCAAGUACAAGUUGGGCAAGGUCAAGCGUGUUCAGCUCGGCCGUGGAGGAAUCCCAUUCUUGGUUACGCAUGAUGCAAGAACUAUCCGCUACCCCGACCCGCUCAUCAAGGUCAACGACACCGUCAAGAUUGACCUAGAGACUGGCAAGAUCCAGGACUUCAUCAAGUUCGACACUGGCGCCAUUGCCAUGGUUACCGGUGGUCGUAACAUGGGUCGUGUUGGUGUCAUCACCCACCGUGAGCGUCACGAUGGAGGCUUCAACAUCGUCCACAUCAAGGAUGCCAUUGACAACACCUUCGCCACCCGUGAGACCAACGUCUUCGUUAUCGGCAGCGAGAAGCCGUGGAUCUCCCUGCCCAAGGGCAAGGGUGUCAAACUUUCCAUUGCCGAGGAGAGGGACCGCAGACGCGCCCAGGCUCUGGCUGGUCACUAAAAAGGGAAUUCAGUCUGGGAGGAAACUGUUCACGGUCUGGUUUGCUUAACUAAAAAAAGCAUGGUGGAUGGAGUACCGGAUGUCACUUUUAGUCUCGAGCUCUAACACGGAGAGCCUCGUCGCAAACUAGUUUGACACAAGCCAGAGGGCUGGUGGAAUUCACUGGGUUACGAUCAGGCUUGGCGUGUGUGCUCACUUCGCAUCCGUCCACGGCUGCUGCAGCCGCAGAAAUGUGACAGCAUUUAGAUUCCCGUCCACAGCGUCAGUCUCUGCAUUCCUCGUUCAAGCGGUGAGAGUUGCGCCCCCUGGGCUGGUUCGUUCCAUGUGGCUUUUCUAGACCUCCCGCCCCGUCAAGCC